AUGACCUAUUUCCUCCAAAUCCCCCAGACUCCUCGCUCCAAAACGAGGAUCGAGGACGGUGAAUAUGACGAUAUCACCGGCCACCUCCCAUCCAGUCCCUACAAGCAGGACUCGUCGCUGCUGAGCUUGGAUGCUCUUCGUUCACUUUCGGGCAGCCCCUUCUCCGAACAUGGGCCACUGUCGCCGGCAAUGUCGAGAGCCCCGUCCCCGUGCCCACCGCCGCUCCAUCCGCGCACAUGGUCGAGGCCCUUCUUUGAACAGGCCUGGGCCCGGUUCUGGGGCCGGAACCGAGGCGUUGUUUUGGUUGGAGUCGCCCAGCUUUUCGGUGCCCUCAUGAAUCUGGCUGCACGGCUUCUCGAGCUGGACGGAGAGGGCAUGCACCCCUUCCAAAUCCUCUUCGGCCGCAUGAGCAUAACCACCGUCCUGGCCUGUAUUUAUAUGUGGUGGACCAAGGUUCCGCACUUUCCGUUGGGCGCCAGGGGAGUGAGAGGCUUGCUGCUUGCGAGAGGCUUCACUGGAUUCUUUGGGAUUUUCUCCAUGUGGUACUCGAUGAUGUACUUGCCUCUUGCCGAAGCCACUGUCAUCACCUUUCUGGCCCCGAGUCUGUCGGGGUACAUAUGUCACCUCGUGCUCAAGGACCCCUUCACGCGGAAAGAGCAACUGGCAUCAUUCAUCGCCCUCGGCGGAGUCAUUCUUAUUGCGAGGCCGACGUCACUGUUUAGCGGAUCAACACCAGCAGGCGAGAUCAUCACAGGCCCAAUUGACGUCACGGUCAGGAGCACCAACACCACCCACACGACGCCUCAUCAAGGUGACGAGCCGACGCCAGCAGAGAGGCUGUUCGCCACCGGGGUUGCGCUCAUUGGUGUGCUUGGGGCAGCUGGAGCGUUUACGUUAAUUCGCUGGAUAGGGAAGCGAGCGCAUCCACUCAUAAGCGUCACGUACUUCUCAACCUGGAGCACGCUGGUCAGCACGGCGGCCCUGCUUUUCUUUCCGAUGCUCGAUAUUGGGCAGCCCGAGAUCCGGUUCGGCAUGCCGGCUUCGGCAUACCAGUGGUUUCUCCUGCUCUCGCUUGGCCUGAGCGGCUUCAUCAUGCAGUUCAUGCUCACGGCCGGGCUGGGGGGAGAGAAGUCGAACCGGGCCACGGCCAUGGUCUACACGCACAUGCUGUUCGCGGCGGGCUUCGACAAGUGGGUGUUUGGGCACGAAAUGGGCGUCAUCAGCCUCAUCGGGUGUACACUCAUCGUUGGAAGCGCACUCUGGGCUGCGCUGGCUAAGAAGGAGCCGGCAAAGAAGGCGGGAGAGAGUGUCCCCAUGCUCAGAGACAAUGGUGGUGAAGACGAGCAGGAAGACGACGAAGAUGGAGCAUUUGUGUUGCGGCAGGUUAGAUAG